GGCCCCGUCCAGCUGACCGGAACGGGGGGCGGCCGUGCCGGGCGGCUCUGAGGAGAAGGAGGAGGAGGAGGAGGAGGAUGGCGGCGGGGGCCCGGGCGGAGCUGCGUGUGCUCCUGGUGCCCCGCUCGGAGGAGCCGCGGGGAUGGGCGCGGGUGCGGCUGAGCAGAGCCCGGGACGCCCUGGGCACCCUCCUGCUCCCCGGCGGGAUCUGCCUGGAGUCGCUGUGGCCCGGCGGGCCCGGGCGGGCCGGGGGCAGCGCCCUGCCGGGAGCCUGGGCUGACUUCGUGUGGGACAGCGCAGAUGAUGAUGGUUCUCACUCAAACAAGACAAAACUCCUGGCUCUUGGUCAAAACCAUGACCUGUUUGUCUAUGAAUUCAAUGUAGAAGAUGGAAAACACAACCCAAAUUCGCUGCACAGUUGUAAGGAAGAGACACUUAAAAAGCUCCUUGAAGCUAAAAACAUCAGUCUGCCUUCGAUUUUCUCUAUGAAGAUUCUGUCUUUUGGAAGUAACAAGUGCAAACUUCUGCUCAACCAGUUUAUCCUUGUGCACCUGACCUUUCCUGGGGAGGACUCAUCCCCUGAGACCUGUGACUGCUUCCCCCUGGCUCUGCCUCCAGAAGCUGUGGCGAGAGUCACAGACUCCCAGUUCUGCAGGGGGAUCCUGUUCCUGUUGGACAGUGCUGGCUGGAUUUACAUAUUUGGCUGCUCUGAUGGUGCCACCUUAGGGAAGGUCAGUGUGGGAGCUGGGCAGGGGCAGGGCCCAGCCCCUGGGGCUCCCCUGGCUGGCCUGGCAGUGUCCCCUGACCUCAGCACGGCCGUGGUGACCAGCACCUGCCACCGUGCUCUGGCUGUGCAGCUCAACUCCUACUUCAGACAGUUCCCUGAGCAUUUGCUCUGUAAGAGAGAUCCAGAAAAUCUUCCAGUGCAGCCUCCAGAGGGGCUGGAUGAGGAUGAGCUGGCCAGUUCUGAGCACAGCAUGGAGCUCCUGUCGCAGCCGUUCCGCACAGACAGGUCCUGGAAGGCACAGUUGUCCUCACUGUGGGACAGAGUAAGGAGAAGAAGAACACCAGCUUCUCCAGAUUUUCACUCCAGUCAAGUGAACAACUUGAAUUUGCCUUGGUAUCAGUUUUUUACCCAUCUUGAAGAUCACGAUCCUGCAGUUUGUGAUGAUCCAGAGAGGAUGGUGGCCUUUGUUCCCCGGGCUGUUACAUGUGCAGCUUCCCGGGCGCUCCAAAGCCAGGGCACAGCCUGUGGGGAUGCAGGACAGCAGUGGGCACAGAUCCCCGUGGCAGCACCCCAGGAAAUGGUCAAACUGGAGUGUAAACUGGUGACUGGAGCUAAAGCUGUGUUUGUGGUGCUGGCACAGGACACGGGGCUGUCUCUGGCGCUCUGGGAUUUUGAGUCGCAGGAGGUGACGUGUUCCCACUUCGGCAGGAGCAGUGUCUACGUGGAGUGCAGUGCAGAGCUGCCCCUGUGCCUGCUGCUGACAGAGCGUGGUCUGUGCCUGGUCCUGUUUGGUUUGAGUCGGGAGGAGUUCCUGAGCAGGCUGAUGAUGUUUGGCAGUGCUGCAGUUGUGGAUGCCGUGUGUCACCUCAAUGGCUGGGAGAGGUGCUCCAUUCCCAUCCAUGCCCUCGAGGCAGGUUUGGAAAAUCGCCAGCUGGACACAGUGGACUUGUUUUUAAAAAGCAAAGAAAGUGUUUUCAGUCUGUCUGCACCCUGCCCUGGGCCUGAGCACCCUGGGGAUGGCACCUCCCUGUCCUACCUGAGAAAUCUGGAGGAGCUCAGGCCAGCUUUAAACUUGCUCUGCUCAGCAAUCCAGGACAGUGACAUGGAGCCUCACAGCAAGCAGUUCUCUGAGCAGCUCCUGAGCCUCACCCUGACCUUCCUUACCAAGCAGCUGGAGGAAAUCUUUGUGCACACACAGGAACCUGAUGAAUUCCUGCAGAAGGCUGCAGAUAUUUUAACUGACUACAUCAUUAAACUGAGAAAAUUCCUGAGGAAAUAUCCUCGAGCACCGAUGACUCCGGGGCACACGGGAGCUGACCUGGAUGAAGACCUGCCUGAGAUAGAAGAGAGCCAAGAAUGGCAAAAACUGACACCAGAGGAGGUCAUUGCUGAGGCCAUCCUGAGCAACAAAGUGCCAGAGGCCCAGAUCUUCUUCCGAAGGCAGCAGCACCCUGCUGAGAGCCUGCAGGAGUUUAUCCAGACGGGUUUGAGCCUGGCCUAUGACUGUCUGCUGAGGGGCAGCACCAGGGAGGCCUCGCAGCUGCUGAGGAACCUGGGCUUCGACGUGAAGCAGGAGCUGCACAAGAUCUGCUUCCACACAGAGGACAAACACGUCCGGGAGCUCCUGGUGAAAGUCUUACAAGAAGAAAACUAUUUUUCUGAAAAAGAGAAGAAAAUGAUAGACUUUGUGCAUCAGGUUGAAAGCUUCUACUCGGAAUCCUUCCAGGAAAAUAAAGAGUCUCAGUCUCUUUCCAGUUUCAGCAGCUGCAGGAGGCAGCAGCAGGAGCUGUGCAGGCACCAGGCAGUGCUGGGCUCGCAGCUGCGCCGGGGCAGCAGCAGCAGCAGCAGGAUCAGGGUGCUGCUGAGCUGGGCUCUCUGGUGGGAUGAGCUGCUGCAGGAGAUGAUUCUGCUCCCCUGGAAACCUCGCCAAGAACUCAAGUCCUGCAGUCCUGAGGCUCUCUGGAUGCACCUGACAGCCCAGCAUGACUGGGUCAGCAUUUGCUCCUGGAUUGAGGAGUCAGAGCCCAGCCAGGCUCCGUGUGGCCGCUCUGCCUGGCCCCCCCUGAGCCCUGACAUCGUUGACAGGAGCACCCUGUGCAGCCCCUACAUGAGACAGGACAUCCUGAACAAGCUGGCCAGAAAGGGAAUCUUUGUCCGUUCUGAGCUGGAAGAUUUUGAGCUCUUGCUCCAGAGGCUGUCAUGCCUGGGGGGAGUCCUGCAGAAUCCCCACCCUGUUCCAAAAUACAGCACUGCCAGUGGCCUGGACUUCCAUGGCCAGUUUGUCCUGCACUGCCUGGAGCACAGCCUGCAGUACCUGCUCUACACUUACCUGGACUAUUACAGUUUAACCCCUUCAAGCUGCCCUAUCCUGGAUAACAAGGAGCUGCACGAAGCCCAUCCCUGGUUUGAGUUCCUCGUGCAGUGCCGAGGGGUUGCCAGCAAUCCCCGAGAUCCCAAGAUGAUUUUCCAGGCCAGUCUGGCCAACGCUCAGAUGCUGAUUCCCAGCAGCCAGGGGGGUGUGAGCAGCAUCCUGCUGGAGGGCAGGACCCUGCUGGCCCUGGCCACCACCGUCUAUGGGCCUGGGGGCAUCGACCAGGUCCUUCAGAACGAAGAUACAGAAAAACCUCUGAAGAAAGUUGAUCCACAGCUCUUAAAAAUGGCCUUGACCCCUUACCCCAAGCUGAAGGCUGCUCUCUUUCCCUCCUGCACUGCUCAUGGAAUUUUGCCUCCUGACAUCUCUCUCUACCACCUUCUGCAGUCAUUAAUGCCCUUUGAUCCCACAAAAUUAUUUGGCUGGCAAUCAACAAACACUCUUGCUGUGUCAGAUGCCUGGAGCGAGCUGCCCCACUUCUCCUGGCCCGAGCUGGUGAGCAGGCACGCCGUGCUGGAGAGGCUGGGCUUCCUCUUCUACCUGCGCCACGGCCGCCCUGCCUUCGCCUUCGGCACCUUCCUGCAGCAGCUGGCCAGGAGCAAAGCCCCCAGGCAGCUGCUCCAGCAGGCAGCACAGGAGGCCCGGCUGGUGGCCCUGUCCUCCCUGGGUGUCCCCUCGGUGGCAGCAGCCUGUGUGUGCUUCCUGGAGCUGCUGGGGCUGGACAGCCUGGGGCUGCGUGUGGAUCUCAGAGCUGCCACCAUCAUCAUCACCCACAGGACCCGCAGCGAGGCCUCUCAUCACAGCCACAGGGACAGCCUGGCUGAGAAGUUUACAAAGUUGGCUGAUGGUGAAAAAGCAGCAGCAGCAGCAAUUCUGAGCUCCUUGGAGGAGGCCUUCUGGGAUGGCAUUGAGCAGCAGGGAGUGAAGAGGACAUCCAGUGACUCCAGAAGGCAGUGGUCCUUGGUCAUGCAGUUCUGCAAAGUCCAUAACCUGGAGCUGAGCACGUCCUUCCUGAGGGAAUGUGCCAAAUCCAACGAGUGGCUGCAGUUCCUCGUCCAGACCCAGCUCCACGGCCACCAGCCAGCCCAGGUGGUUCCCCUCCUGCAGGAUUUUCCUCCCGUGGUACGAGACCACCUGCUGCUGGCCCUGGGCAAGCUGCUGUGUGCUGAGGCUGCCCGUGCAGGGAGCGUGUUCCAGAUGCUGCUGCAGUGCCAGGAGGAGCCCAGCCCCUGCUGGCACCUGCUGGCAGAGGGGCUGCGGGCACAGGCGCCCAUCCUCAGCGUGCUGGCAGCCUGCUGCCCCGAUGCCAACCUCAUCUCCUGCCUCUGUGUGUGGAUCAUCACUUCUGUGGAUGGUGCCACCAGGGCUGAGGCCACUGCCCACACCCAGAGCCUGGCAGGGAGUCCCCAGUGGGACCUGCAGGACCUCGCUGCCAUCUGGAGAGUCCUCCUGAGGAAGCAAAAGAGCAAAACACUUCUCAAUGGCUUCCAGCUCUUUUUGAAGGAUUCCCCUUUGCUGCACAUCCUGGAGAUGUAUGAACUGUGCAUGAACUGUAAAAAGUACAACGAAGCUAAAACCAAACUGGAGAAAUUUCAGGAAAGCCUCACAGAACUGGGAGCCGCGGCAGGGGCGGCCCCCGAGGUGCCGGGGCCGUGGCUGCGGUCGCAGGCGCUGUUCCUGCUGGAGCUGAUGCUGCAGCAGAGCCGCACCGACUACGAGCUGGGCAAGCUCCUGCAGCUCCUGGCUGCCACAGAGAACCUCCUGCUGGAUGGUGCCCACGUGAAGAGGCUGUGUGCCCUCAGUGAGGCUCUGAGGGGCUCCUCCAUCUCCAUCAGCCGCUCCAUCCUGACCUCCUGCAGCCUGCAGGCUUUCCAGGGGGAGUGCAGCUCCAUUCUGCAGCAGCUGCAGGAGAAAGGAAUGUUCAGCCUGGCUCGGGAGGUGGCAGCCCUGGCUGAGCUGCCCGUGGACAGCGUUGUCACACACGAGGUUCUGAGAGAUCUACAUCAUUUAAGAGACACUGGACAGUGGCAUCACCCCCAGACAAGAGCUGACUUCUGGAAAAAGUGCAACGACACCUUCAGCAAACAUUCCGUCUGCAGCCGAGCCGCAGCGGCGUUCUUCCUGGAGCAGGCCAACAGCGUGUGGGAAUGGCCGGCUCAGGAGCACAGAGCCGGCCUGGGGGAGAGGCAGCUGCUGCUGACGCUGGCCGGGCACUGGCUGGCGCUGGAGGAGCCCGAGGCGGCGGUGCCGGAGCUGCAGGAGCUGGAGAAGCGGAUCUGGCAGUGCCGCGUGGCCGAGCGAGCGCUGCCGGCCGAGGGCUCGGGGCAGGCUCCGUGCGGGCCGGGCCGGGAGCUGCCCUUCGCCAGCCUGGCCCGGAGCUUCUCCUUCGCACAGCUGCCGGCGCUGAGGGCGGCCGGGCCCCGCGGCCUGCAGGCCCUGGGACCCGGGGAGCCCCGGCAGGCUCUGGGGCCCGGGGAGCCCCGGCAGGGACUCGGGGAGCCCCGGCAGGCUCUGGAGCCCGGGGAGCCCCGGCAGGCCCCGGAGCCCCGGCAGGUCCCGGAGCCCCGGCAGGCCCUGGAGCCCCGGCAGGUCCCGGAGCCCCGGCAGGGCCCGGAGCCCCGGCAGGGCCCGGAGCCCCGGCAGCCCCUGAGCCCCGCGGAGCGAGCGGCGCUGGCCGCGCUGCUGGGAGCCCUGCUGGACGAGGGCAGCGUGGCCGAGGCCGCCCGAGUGUGUCAGUAUUUCCAGCUGUGGCCCCGGGACGUGUCGCUGGUGCUGCACUGCAGGGCGCUGGCCUCGGGGGAGGCCGGGCUGGAGCAGCUGCAGCCCGAGGUGCGGGCCCUGCUGGCGGCCAGAGCCGGGACAGCCGAGGCGAGCGGAGCCCCCAGCACAUCCAGCCUGGAGGAGUGGACCCCUCUGGGGACCCCGAGUGGGGACGAUGCCGUGGUGGCAGCGCUGAAGGCUCUGGCAGAGGAGUGUGUCCAUGGCAGGGGCUACUGCCGGCAGGUGCUGUGCCUCUACGAGCUCUCCAAGGAGCUGAGCUGUUCCUUUGGGGAGGUGUCGGCGCGGGAGCCGCGGGAGGUGCUGGGGGCCAUCCUGGCCCGGCGGGGGCCGGAGCGCAGCCGCAGAGCCCAGGCCUUCAUCACCUGCCAGGGGCUGUCCCCUGCCACUGUGGCACCACUGCUGGCACAGCAGAUCACCCAGGAGCUGCUGGCCUCGGCACAGGGAAAAGGGCAGAAGCAGGUUUGGAACCCUGCAGUGGAGAGCCAGGCACUCCUGCAGCUUGCCAAGCUGUGCCAGGAUCACACCUUGGUUGGGAUGAAGUUACUGGAUAAAAUCUCCUCUGUCCCCUGUGGGGAGCUGUCCUGCAUCACAGAGCUGCUGAUCCUGGCCCACAGCUGCUUCAGCCUGACGUGCCACAUGGAGGGGAUCACACGCGUGCUGCAGGCGGCUCGGCUGCUCACCGAGGAGCACCUGGCUCCCAGGGAGGAGUAUGGGCUGGUGGUGCGGCUGCUGACCGGCAUUGGCAGGUACAAUGAGAUGACCUACAUCUUCGAGCUGCUGCACCACAAACACUACUUCGAGGUGCUCAUGAGGAAGAAACUGGACCCGAGCGGGACGCUGAAGGCGGCGCUGCUGGACUACACCAAGCGCUGCCGGCCCGGGGACAGCGAGAAGCACAACAUGAUCGCGCUGUGCUUCAGCAUGUGCAGGGAGAUUGGCCAGAACCACGAGGCUGCUGCCUCCACCCAGCUCAAACUCAUCGAGUGCCGGCCCUGGGAGGAGUCUCUUCAGGACGUUGCAAAUUUAAAGAAGCUGCUGCUGAAAGCUCUGACUCUCUUCAUUGAUGCAGCAGAAAGUUACUCCAAGGACUCGUGUGUGCGGCAGGCGCUGCGCUGCCGCCGCCUGACGCGGCUCAUCACGCUGCAGCUGCACUUCCUGGCCUUGGGCCAGAGCACCAGGAUCAUCAACCUGGGAAGGCAGGACCUGCCUGGAGCCAUCCUGGCCCUGCCCAGGUUCUACCAGGCAGCCAUCGUGGCCGAGGCCUACGAGUUCCUGCCGGACUGGGCUGAGGUUCUGUUCCAGCAGGUGAUCACCAGGGGUGACUUUGUGUACCUGGAGGAGUUCAAGCAGCAGCGGCCACUGCGGCCCAGCCUGUUCGAGGAGGUGGCCAAGAGGGUCCAGCAGCACCCCCCUGCUGAGGCUGCCCUGAGGAACCUGAAGCGGUUCCUCACCCACUGUGAGGACAUCUACACCUACUACAGGCUGGCCUACGACCACAAGUUCUAUGACGUGGUGAACUCCCUGCUGAAGGACCCUCAGACUGGCUGCUGCCUCAAUGACCUCUUAUCCAACUGAAUUCCAGCCACAUUCCAGCUGGGAGACGAGCGCAGGGUCAGUGCUGAUUGACACAGAUUUUAUCAGUGACCUGCUCCCAGGGCGCUGCUGCUCUGCAAAAAUUACUCCAGAAAAAUGGACAGGGUUGUAAAUAUUUAAAAUGCUGAAACUGUUAACCUAAAAUUGUGUUUUGUAUAAUAAAUCUGUUUAUAAAUUACUUGAGUCACCAGCAAACACUGACUGGCCCGGGUGGGGGGUGAAGCAGAGAUCCAGCAGCUCUUUAAAUCCUGGAGAACCCCAGGAACUGUGCCCAAGGAGCCUGAAACAGAUGUGCAGAAUGUCCAGGGAAAGGGGCUGGAACAAGCAGAAGCAGUGAAGGUUUCAGGUACCCAGUAGAAUAAUGUGUUCUGUGAGUCAAAUCUGAUCUCUAAAGUUUUGUACAGCUUUAAACAGCACAUUCCUAAUUCUGCUGUCUUGGAGUAAAAGAAAUAAUCAAGUGCAAAUGUAUUUUUACAGUUAUGAAAUAGAAAUUCCUUUCCAUGCCCAAGCUGUGGGCACAUCCCCCAGCACAGCUCAGCUCUGCAUCUCUCCCAUUUCAGGUAUUUUUCCUGUCAGGCCCCAAAAGAACUGCUCCAAGGCCAGCCUGGUGAAGUCCUCAAUAGUGAUUUUUAUUAAAUUAGUUGCUUUAUAAAACAUUGCAGAUGUUGUAAUUGUUAACAUAACAAUUUGCCCAACUGUAGGAACUGCUGCAGUUUGCUAAGCAAGUUUGGUUUUUAAUGAAAGAAAACGGCCGAGUCGUGAGAGACCCACCACAACCCAGGAGAGCCCCAAGGAUUUUGUGUGGUUUGGUUUUUUCUUUUACACUUAACCCCUUAAUUAACUGUUAAAGAACACCCAACCCAGACAGCUGCAUUAGUAGAAAUUUAAAUGAAUGGAACUAAACUUCAUCCUGGAGACACAAGUGGGUUUUGCCUUGCUCUGCCCCACCAGGCGCUGUUCAGGUGUCAGGCUCUGGAGUAGUGGCUGUCCCAGGGGCCACACUCCCAGGUGCAGUAUUCCACACUGAAGUUAGCAGUUCCCUUCCCAAAAUACUGAAAUCC